AUGCACGAUCCUCAACUGCCCAUCAAUGACCAGGCCGUGUCUCUGGACGAUUUGCAGCUUGAGGAACAUCACCACCGGCAGAAUAUUCGACUGCUAGUCCGUCCAUUGACGAGGCUACACAAUACUCGUACAGAAGGCCCCAGUGGCAAUGAUAAUUGCCAAUGGCUGGCCCUGCGUGCUGAAGUUGCAACCUCUGAUCAGCCUGAGCACAAGGUGCUCGCUGUCACACAAACGUCCAAGGACAUCAAAUUCUCCGUCAGGAUUCCCGGGGAGGGCCGAGAGGAGUCAUUGCGGCCCCCUUUGUGGUGCGAACUGUACUAUGAUCCGGCCAGCGACAAGGUUGUGCUGUUGAACAAGUCAGACGUACCCAUCACUCUGGAGAAGGCAUCGCAGACCCCCCUAGCGAGCCCACCCGGCGAGGGUCGCCGUACAAUCAACCCUGGCCUCGCCAAAGCACUUCAUCCUGGAGCAUGGAGGAUCCGUGUCGGGCAUCGUGCCGUCCUAGAAUUUCGUAUCUUGGAGAAGAGACCGGUCACCAUCUACCAGCCAUUUCCAACGCAGCCGGAAGAAACACCACCCAUGACCGGUUCUGACCAGACAGUUUCUACCACCAGCAUGAAACGCGCAUUGACGCCAGAGGACGACGUGAAACGAGUUAAGCGCCGAACGUCAGAUCGCGACAACGAGCUCGAUGACGGCGCUAUCAUGUUCAUGAGGCCAGGCGGUGGAACGGCUGAUUCCCUCAUAUUUCCACUACCCAACAACAGAGAGACGAAGGAGUUAUGUCCGACCAACAGUCAAGCCCUCUUGGAUGCCAAGGAAGGAGAGACGGUGGCUGUGUCCGGAGUCUGCGAGCUGGACAAGUACCAACUCACCAAACAUGACCCGAUUGCCAGCACAGCGCUCUCUGCUGUAUUCACCGCCUCCCACUCACACGUAUCAGACGACAUUGUUACGGUCAAAGUCCUCAAGACACGUGUGCCCAAUCCUACUGAUAAGGCCUACGUCCAUGAGCGCAAUGUCAUUCGCCAGGCCGAUAUGUGGAUGAGGGAGUGCCAGAGCCAAGAAGACCUCCAACAUGGUUCCAUCGUCAAAUACUACGGCGGUGAUGCACGUUUCUUGUCACUGUACAUGGAACACGUCGACGCACAGGACCUUACCGCGGUACCUCGAUGGCGCCAUGAAUCGAGCGACUACUUCCAGGGCACCCGCAAUGACGCCCUCCGCAUCCUGCGCGAUAUCGGGGAGGCCCUGAGCUAUCUCCAUGGUCGCAGCCUCGUACACAACGACAUCAAGCCGGCCAAUAUUCUCUAUUCGCCCGACCGAGGAGCCGUGCUCUGCGACUUUGGGCUGUCGACGCCGGCCGCCACGGCGCCCUCUGGCGGCGGGACACCGUACUACGUCCCGCCCGAGUUCAUCGGGCAGAGGCUACGUGGCCCGGCAUCAGAUGUGUGGGCGCUCGGUGUGACCAUGCUGUAUGUCCUGCGCAAGAUCCCAUUUCCCGACAGCCGCGCCCGUCGGCGGCACGCUCGCCCCCUAUACUGGCAGAUCGCGGGCAUCAACAACCCCAAUGUUCCCCACAGGCAGUAUGGCAAUGGGCAACCGGCAGCAAACCAGAUGAGAGACUGGCUAUCCGAGGUCUUUGAAGCGCGCGAGAAACUCGACAGCCGAGACAAGCUAGAACGAGUCAUUGCGGAGAUGCUGACGCUGAAUCCGGACCGCCGGAUGACGAUGGAGCGAGUGGUACAAGAGGUGGGAGAUGAGCGGUUGCACGCCACUUCCUGA